GCCCGAAACUCUUGAGCGACAGGUACAAUUCGUACUUACCGGACGCCCCGUGGUUAGCCAUCUGUUCAGGAAUCUUCAAGAUGUCGCAUCAAUCGGAAUGGACGUCACAAGCGAUAUCGCGCUGUUCAUUACGAAAAGGGUGGAGGAUAACGAAAGUCUGUUGAUUCACAGAGAGAAAAUCAUCGACACGGUGAACAAAAACUCCGAAGGGAUGUUCCGAUAUGCUGCCCUUGUUUUGGAAGAACUAGAGAUCUACUCGCCGCAAAAAAUAUCCGAACGUCUUCGGACGAUGCCAAAGGGAAUCAGCAGCAUGUACGAACUCAUACUUCGUCGUCUUGGAGCGAACGGAAACGAAGAAGACCUACAGAUGCGGAAACGUAUCUUGCUUUGGAUCGCGAUGGCCUUCUCACCAAUAAAAGUUGAGGAGAUGCAAUCUGCUUGUGCUACAAUCGAUGGGGACAAGACGUUUGAUCUCGAAGAUGUCAUCUUGCCGACAAUGCAGCAGAUAUUCACGGCUUGCGGCUCGCUGGUAGAAGUCUUUCUCGAUAAUAAGAACUACCUUCGUUUCACCCACAGAACUGUGAAGGAGUUCCUCUUGCAGCCGAAGGAGAAACUAUCUUCCGACUCCCGGGACGACCCAUACGUUGCAUCUUGCUUGGUGGAUGAAACAAUCGCACACGCGUCGAUGGCACUCACCUGUGUUACCCAGCUCUUUUCCAAGCAGGCUGACGCCGACGAUGGGAAUUUCUCCUAUCUGAGGCGCUGGUGGGAUUUUCAUGCCGCCAAGGUUCCUCCCGGCAGACAUGCGACACCGCUUUCAGAACAGCUUUGGAAUCUUGCCAAAGAUUUUCUUUGGGGUGAUAAUAUGAAGUACUCAAAACUGGAUCCACUGCAUUUAGCAGCCGAGAGCAGGCUCGUGGAUAUACUCGACUGGGCGCACCCUCCUGGGGUAGAUUUCAAUGUGAGGGGUCAAGAAUACUUUACGCUGCUCAUGUCGGCUAUGUUAGUGUUAGACCAUACUCAUCAUAACUUGCUGAAGUUAGUAGAGGUUGUUUUGAAGAAGGACGUCGAUGUGAAUGCGAAGAACGUUUACGGGAUGACUGCACUGAUAUGGCUUCUGGAUAACGCUUGCGGAGAUGAAGAGUCACAAGUUGUGCAAGUGAUCCGGUUGCUGUGCGCGAAAGACGACUGUGAGCUUGAUCAUGUUGACUGCGAUGGACGCUCGGCGCUUGGUAUUGCGAGAUACAGGCAACUGUCAAGCAGCGUUCAGCUCUUGCAGAAGAAGGGAGCACGUGUGGCUAUGUACAAAUGGAAGGAAGAACCUUGGCCACAAUAACAGUGAGUCCAAGCACGAUAGAGACGAGAAGGGCGAGGGCAACGGUUCCAGCUCAGGGCCUGCCUGAACCGAUCGAUAGUCGAACUGCAAGGCGUGCGUU